CCAUCAAUGACGGUCAAAUCUUCUUCAAUAGUCGAAGCCAAGGAUCAGCUGCGCCUUACAUUUUAUUCUUAGCAAUUCAAUUGAUUUUAAUUAAUGCGGAGUUACCGAUAGCGUGUCACCACACGCGUUUCUCCUCUUCUUCUUCCUGCCACCCCCCCAAUUUCCUCGAGCGAUUGCCUUGACUCUCUGUUCCCAUUCAUUUAUAAAACAAUCCCUAUACAAUAUUUCCUUAUUUAAACAAAUGCGCAACCGCCCUGAAACACGCCGCACGUUCCAAACCACUCCCCGACCCAAGCCACUAUGGUCACCCCUCGGCCGAAGCCCGACUCGAGCUACGCCUCGAACCGCCUGACAAGACAAAAUUACCACGGGCAACAUCUUCUUUCGACUUUCAAGGACAAAGAAGCUCCUGAGCCUGUUACUAAGCCCGAACCAGCCACGGACGAUGAGCCGGUGAGCUCCAGCGAAGAAGAAACUUGGAGCAAUGCCGGUUUAGAUGACGAUCUCGAGAAUGAGCGCACGCCUCGUCGCCCAGGGCCAACGUUGGAGGAGAAACUAGCUGAGACUUCGAGAGAAAAUGGAACACCAUCACGAACCCCGCGAUCGAAGAGAGGAAUUGACAGUCCGAGAGCUCAACGCUCGAGUCGUAAGAGGACGUUGAAAGAUGUAGUUACUGUUAACGAGGAGAAUGACAAUGGCGAUCCUUUUUCAGAGUGUGGGUGGUCUUCGCAAGGUGUAAAGAAGCACAAGGCGGAGUAUGGGUCCAUGAAGAAGCGCAACUCGACAGUCUAUUCCAGAAAGCCGAGCACGCCUUUACAAAUGGAUUCGCCGAAUGCUGGGAAGAAAAUAAAGAACGUGGAUACGGAAUCCCAGAAGGAUGAUGGAUUUAAGGUCCCCAAGGAUAUUGAUAUCAAAAGUCCGCCAUCUAAAUCGCGCUCAUCCGCGGAAUUUAAGGCCCCUCCCCCUCUUCCAAAUGAUAUUGUCUCUAGCUCCUCUUUUGCGCCCUCCUCCGCUCGAGAACCUGCUAUCUUUGAUACGGAUGAUGACGAUGCUUCGCCCCUCAGCUCUCCGCUUAGCGAGUUAUCUGAGACCGGUCUACAGGACAUACUACUAGAUGAGGCAGGUGAUGCGCCGAAGCCGAAGGAGUCUCUGUGUCCCUGGUGUAAAGAACCUGUGGACCCAGAACUCUUGUUACGAUUUCAAUCACAGCCGAAACAGCGCAUCCGAGAACAGCAGCGGUUCUGCGAUUCUCAUAAGAAGACCGCGGCCGAGAAAGAGUGGCAUGAUAAGGGCUACCCAGCUAUCGAUUGGGAUACGUUCGACGACCGGAUCCAUAACUAUUUUGACGACUUGGAGACCCUUCUGGUUCCAGAUAGCCAGUCCUAUUACCGAAACAUCCUGGAUUCCACGUUAAAGGCUGGAAAAGCCAAGAACUUCCGGCUGACACUAGAGGGAGAUGGUUUGGAGACGAUCUCUUGCGGUUAUUACGGUACUCGAGGCUCCGGUAAAAUGUUACAAGCAUUGACCACACAUUUCUCGCGUAAACUACGCCGCCUGGCCGCCAGCGACCACAUUGUGAAGUCGGCUGGCGUUGUGGGUUACGCCCAAGCUGUGCUCGUGCCUGAAUUGGCGGUCCGGCUGGUCAAGGAAGACAUGGGGGUCAGCGACGAGGCCGCUCGGCAGAUCUUGCGCGACAGCAUCGAUCUUGGUGAAAAGCUAAACUUCGCAUUGAACGACAAGGUUCCGAUUCCCGAAGAACUUGUGGGGCGUUCAGUUGAUCUGUAACUGUAACCAUGUGUUCUUCUUUAUGUCUUUCUUUCUUUGUUGAUUUUCCCGUCGCAUACGAUGUGUCUGGUCUUGAUUGUAUAUAAGAAAAGCGUGGCACGUGAUACCACUUGUGUUUGUGUUUUAUGUGUUGUUUUUGUGCUUUCAAUGGUGUUGAUGAUGGAAGAUUGCCUCAUAUACGCAAUGUAUGGCGUGCGAUUCGUGGGUUUCAAUGUACGGACUUAAUCUUUACAAGAGCAGCCAAUGCAACUAAGAAGGCGACCGGGUCGU